AUGUUUCAAAUCACAGAAUCCUAUCGGCAGAGUGUAUCUGACGUAGGCAAAAAAAUCAAUCCUAUUGUCUUGGGUCAACGUUUUUAUCGUGGAAUUCAGCUUCAUAUGAAAGUUAUAGAAUGGUCUUCUUCUUGGACCACCAACGGUCCGUUGAACAGACCCGGCGGUAACAUUGUACCA